UGCAGCUCGGCUGGCAGGGCCCGGCGGGGCGUGUGCGGCUGCUAGUGCUAGCCCCCCCGCCCCACCCCUCCCCAUGCAGCCCUGGCAGUGUCUCCGGCGCUUUGCCCUGGCCUGGUGGGAGAGGACAGCCGAGGGCAGCGCGCGACCUCCCAGGGAGGAGGCCGGACCGAGGGACCCUGGGGGCCGAGGGGAGCCAGGGCUCCAGCGUGCAGCGGGAGGGAAGCCUCCAGGACUCUGUUCCCUCUGUUUAAAGUCUCCAGAUCCGGAGCGGAGCAGCCCCCCCAUGCUGUCUGCGGACGAUGCCGAGUACCCGCGGGAGUACCGGACCCUGGGGGGUGGGGGCGGCGCGGGCGGCGGGGGCCGGCGCUUCUCCAACGUGGGGCUGGUGCACACGUCGGAGCGGAGGCACACGGUGAUCGCUGCCCAGAGCCUGGAGGCGCUCAGCGGGCUCCAGAAGGCGGAUGCCGACCGCAAGCGCGAUGCGUUCAUGGACCACCUGAAGAACAAGUACCCGCAGCACGCCCUGGCCCUGCGCGGUCAACAGGACAGGAUGCGAGAGCAGCCAAACUACUGGAGUUUCAAGACACGCAGCUCACGCCACACUCAGGGAGCCCAGCCCGGGCUGGCAGACCAGGCAGCCAAGCUGUCAUACGCCUCGGCUGAGUCGCUGGAGACCAUGUCGGAGGCGGAGCUGCCCCUGGGCUUCAGUAGGAUGAACCGCUUCCGCCAGAGCCUGCCCCUCUCCCGCUCUGCUAGCCAGGCCAAGCUACGCUCACCAGGGGUGCUGUUCCUGCAGUUCGGGGAGGAGACUCGGCGCGUGCACAUCACGCACGAGGUCAGCAGCCUGGACACGCUGCACGCGCUCAUCGCGCACAUGUUCCCGCAGAAGCUCACCAUGGGCAUGCUUAAGUCGCCCAACACCGCCAUCCUCAUCAAAGACGAAGCUCGCAACGUCUUCUACGAGCUGGAGGACGUCCGGGACAUUCAGGACCGAAGUAUUAUCAAGAUCUAUAGGAAGGAGCCACUUUAUGCAGCUUUUCCUGGCUCACACCUUACCAACGGGGACCUCCGGAGGGAGAUGGUGUAUGCCUCGAGGGAGUCGUCGCCUACACGGCGUCUCAACAACCUGUCACCGGCACCGCACCUGGCGUCCAGCUCUCCGCCCCCGGGGCUGCCGUCGGGGCUGCCGUCAGGGUUGCCAUCGGGGCUGCCCUCGGGGCUGCAAUCGGGCUCCCCGUCGCGCUCGCGCCUCUCCUACGCCGGGGGUCGCCCGCCCUCCUACGCCGGCAGCCCGGUGCACCACGCGGCGGAGCGGCUGGGGGGCGCCCCCACCGCCCAGGGCGUCAGCCCCAGCCCCAGCGCCAUCCUGGAGCGGCGCGACGUGAAGCCAGACGAGGACCUGGCGGGCAAGGCGGGCGGCAUGGUGCUGGUGAAGGGCGAGGGCCUCUACGCCGACCCUUACGGGUUGCUGCACGAGGGCCGCCUGAGCCUGGCCGCGGCAGCCGGCGACCCGUUCGCCUACCCGGGCCCCAGCGGCCUCUACAAGCGCGGCUCCGUGCGCUCGCUCAGCACGUAUUCGGCCGCCGCGCUGCAGUCCGACCUGGAGGACUCGCUGUACAAGGCGGCGGGCGGUGGCCCGCUCUAUGGCGACGGCUACGGCUUCCGCCUGCCGCCCUCGUCGCCUCAGAAGCUGGCCGACGUGGCGGCGCCCCCCGGAGGCCCCCAGCCGCCGCACAGUCCCUACUCGGGGCCGCCCAGCCGCGGCUCGCCGGUGCGCCAGUCUUUCCGCAAAGACUCGGGCUCCUCGUCGGUCUUCGCAGAGAGCCCCGGAGGCAAGACCCGCAGCGCAGGGGGCUCCUCGACGGCCGGAGCCCCGCCUCCCGAGCUCUUCCCCGGGCCUGGGGAGCGCCCGCUCGUUGGGUUUGGGCCGCCGGUGCCAGCCAAGGACACGGAGACCAGGGAGCGCAUGGAGGCCAUGGAGAAGCAGAUUGCCAGCCUCACGGGCCUGGUACAGAGUGCCCUACUGCGAGGCUCAGAGCCUGAAACUCCCAGCGAGAAGAUUGAAGGCUCCAAUGGAGCAGGGACCCCGUCAGCACCCUGUGGGUCAGGCAGCCGGAGCAGCGGGGCCACCCCAGUGUCCGGCCCUCCUCCGCCCUCGGCCAGCAGCACUCCUGCGGGGCAGCCCACUUCCAUCAGCCGUUUGCAGAUGCAGCUGCACCUGCGUGGCCUGCAGAACAGCACCAGUGACCUGCGCAGCCAACUCCAGCAACUAAGAAAGCUCCAGCUACAGAACCUGGAGUCGUUGCGCGCGCUGCUGAAAGGCACCGAGGCGGAGCUGAGCAUGCGCGUGUCGGAGGCUGCGCGAAGGCAGGAGGAUCCACUGCAGCGGCAGCGCACCCUGGUGGAGGAGGAGCGGCUGCGCUAUCUCAACGACGAGGAGCUCAUUACCCAGCAGCUCAAUGACCUGGAGAAGUCGGUGGAGAAGAUCCAACGGGAUGUGUCCCACAACCACCGGCUGGUGCCCGGGCCGGAGCUGGAGGAGAAGGCGCUGGUGCUGAAGCAGCUAGGGGAGACGCUGACUGAGCUCAAGGCUCACUUCCCAGGCCUGCAGAGCAAGAUGCGGGUAGUGCUGCGUGUGGAGGUGGAGGCCGUGAAGUUCCUGAAGGAGGAGCCGCAGCGUCUAGACGGGCUACUCAAGCGCUGCCGUGGGGUCACAGACAUGCUGGCCCAGAUCCGAAGGCAAGUGGACGAGGGUGUGUGGCCACCCCCCAACAACCUCCUGAGUCAGUCCCCCAAGAAGGUGACAGCUGAGACGGACUUCAACAAGAGCUUGGACUUCGAAAUGCCACCCCCCAGCCCUCCACUUAACCUCCAUGAGCUGAGUGGGCCAGCUGAGGGAGCCCCUCCUACUCCCAAGGGCAACCCCACCAAAGGCCUGGAUGCUGCGGGGAAGAGAAGCGUGGACAAGGCUGUGUCUGUCGAGGCUGCCGAACGGGACUGGGAGGAGAAGCGGGCAGCCCUGACCCAGUACAGUGCCAAGGACAUCAACCGGCUGCUGGAGGAGACCCAGGCAGAGCUGCUGAAGGCCAUCCCCGACCUGGACUGUGCGAGCAAGGUCCACCCGGGCCUGGCUCCCACCCCUGACCACAAGCCUCCUAAGGCGCCCCACGGCCAGAAGGCAGCCCCCCGAACGGAGCCCAGUGGAAGGAGGGGCUCAGAUGAGCUGACGGUGCCUCGAUACCGCACAGAGAAGCCCUCCAAGUCGCCCCCGCCACCCCCUCCCCGCCGGAGCUUCCCCUCCUCCCACGGCCUGACCACCACGCGCACCGGGGAGGUUGUGGUCACCAGCAAGAAGGACUCAGCUUUCAUCAAGAAGGCUGAGUCCGAGGAGCUGGAGGUGCAGAAGCCCCAAGUGAAGCUACGCCGGACCGUGUCCGAGGUGGCCCGCCCGGCCUCCACACCACCCAUCAUGGCCUCUGCCAUCAAGGAUGAGGACGACGAGGACCGCAUCAUCGCAGAGCUAGAGGUGUUUGAGAGAAGCUCAGUGUCUUCCCUCCCCCCCACGCCCCGCCGCCAGCCGAUCCCCACCUUGCUGGCACCCCAGGACCUGGGGCCCCCUGGGGGCUCAGCCCAGGGCCCCACAUGGAAGGCUGUCCCAAGCCCCAGGGCUUUCUGCAUCCCCCAGAUCAUCUUGACGGAGUGCACCCCCAACCCUCCCUCCCCACCAGAGGCCAGACCUGAAGAACCUGGUCACAGGACAACCCCCACCCCGCGACCCCGGACCCUGGCUGGCAGUGGGAGGGGCUGGGAUGGUGCACAGGCCCUGCCACAGGUAGUGGCCAAGGCUUCCCAGCCCAGGAGCAGCUUGGCACCUGAGAAGGACUGGGUAGCUCAGCAGAGACUGGGGACAGGGAGCUGCAUCGCAGAGGAGGGAGGAGCCAAGGUCCCCUGUUCUUGGGGACCAGCCCCUGACAGGACUCAGGAGCCUUCCACUGCUGACAGCCACCCAGAGGAGACCCACGAGGACACGGGACAGGAUGCACAACCCGGCAGUGGAGAGCCCAGGGGCCAGCCCGCUGCUGGCCUGGGCCGCACAGUGAGAGGCGCCACCACCCAGCGGAUGGACAGCCUGGAGGAGACACUCCGAGAGCUGGAAGCCACUCUGAGCCAAAUGGGCACGGCCCUCGCCAUGGGGCCCCCUGGCAGCCCCCCACCCCUGCCACCCGGUCCCCAGGUGGCUGCUCCUCCCCUAGCCUCUCCCCCUGCCUUCAUGCUCCAGAUUCUCUGUCCUCAGAGCUGGAGGGAGUGGGGGGCUGCAGGGGCACCACACCAGCCCCCUCCUCCCACUGGCCUUUUCUCAGCUCCUGCCAGCGUCCUGAGAGCCCGGUGCCAGAUGGGGUUUGCAGGCCGAGCCCGGGAGGCUGGGAAGCCAGCCUACCCAGGGAUCAGCCCAGCCAGCCCUGGCAGGGACUGGGUCCUCUCCCCUCUGCUCUGUAUCUAUAAACCAACAAAUAAAGUUCUCUCCUCCUUUUCCAUCCCCGUGCUCCCCUCCCCCUCUCCUGUCUCUCUUUGCCUCUGUUGUUUCUCUGUCUGCGCCUCUGAAUUCCCAGAGCCCUUGUGGGCAGGGUGCUACCUGGGGUGGUUCAAAGGAGCUGGCCUGUUUUUGUUCCAGGCCACUAAACCGGCUAAAGAGAUGAGCGGGUCGAAUGAGACCUCAAGCCCAGUCUCAGAAAAGCCCGCGGCUUCCAGAACCUCUAUUCCUGUAUUGACUUCCUUUGGGGCUAGGAAUUCUUCCAUCUCCUUCUAGAAGCCCCCUCCCCCUUCCACCUCAGCCUGCCCUCCCCCCCCCCACCUCGCCUUGCCCCUGCCACUUCUCUCCUUGCUCUUCUUCCUUUCAUCUCCACCCUACCCAACCCCAUUCUCUGGACCUCCUGAAGGGUUUGCCAUGGGUGCGGCCCUCCUCAGCUCUCUGCACCCAUCCCCUGUUGGUGUUUUUGGUUUUUUAAACGACUCACUUUUAAUUAUCUUUUUUUUUUUUUUUAAGUAAAACAGUAAAACUAAAAACCAAAACACACCACCUUCCCUUGAUUUCCUUUUCCAAAAUGGCCCGCCUCCCGUCAUCCUGGCUCCCUUUCCUCUUUACCCACGCUUCCUCCCAAGUCCAUCCCCACGUUCCGCCCUACACUCCCUUCCUGAGAGCACUCCAACCAAACUCUGAGCCACGGAGACUUGGAGCGGCAGGACACCCCUCUCCCUUCCUCGGAAACUUUCCUGGAGGAAAACCUGGACGUUGGACCGAGCCCACUGUCAGGCCGGCAGCCAGGACACAGGGAGACCCUGGUCCCGGAGGCGCCCCACCUGCCCAGGCUCAACAGGACUGAACUCUGCUGUCCGCUCCCUUCUUUCUGCUCAUGCCCUGUGGGCCUGGAGUCCCGACGGGUGGGCUGGGGAGGGAGGCCGAGGCUGGGGGGACCUUUGAAUCUGUGUGUCCGUGGAGAGGAGUUGGCUUCCUGGGUCUCCCUUCUCGUGGUGAGGAGCUGCCUGGCCCGUGCUGAGCGAGAGGGGGCCCUGCUGGAUGGCUGGUUGUGGGUGGCUGGUUGAGCAGACAGCCUGACCCUGGGGUCACUGCCUUGGAAGAUGGCAGGCCCCGAAGAGGGGUAUUUGGUACUUUCAGUUUCCUAAUUUAGCACUUUAAAUGACAUUAACUUAUUUAAUGGGGGUAGGGUGGGCAAGAAUGAAGGGCCUAGAAAACUAGAUUUGGGGACCUGGAGGGUGGGAAGGGGCUGGUUGUAAGGGAAGUGGGGGGAAUAGAGAGGGUCUGAUGGGGGGGCGGUGAGGACAGCUCUGACCCAAAGGUCAAGUGGCAUGACCUUUAACCAUCUUCUUUGUGAUUUGAGGGUUUUCAGGGAAGGGAUGAGAUGCGAUUUUUCAGUGGGGAGCUGGUGACCCCUGGUGAGACCCUUGAGGAUCCCUGAGGCCUGACCAGCCAGCCCGCGCCCCUAGACCCGACCUGCAGAUGCCUGCCCUGUGGGCGCUCCAGCUUUUGGCCAGGUCCUGAGAGGAGGAGGGAAAGACCAGUUUUGGUUCUCAGCCCUGGGCCACCCAGAAGGCACAGUGAGGGGCCAGCAAGGGGGUUAUUUGGGUGGGGAGGGGAGGUGGGAGGAGGGUCCCCAGGGAGUAGGACUCCUAUUUGGAGCACAAAGUGGGGUAAGCACAGGGGGGGCUUUGGAAUUAGUCUCCCUGAGGAAGCACAGAAGGAAGGAGCCAUUGAAGGGGCAGAACCUUUUCUAGUGGCUGGGGCCUGGCUGGAAGGUCAGUGCGUAGGGAGAGCCGCGGGGAGCUGCCGAGGGCUGGGGAGGGGGGAACCAGGGUCGUGUUGCUUCAUUUCUUUCUUCUUGUUUGGUUUUGGUUUUUUUUUGUUGUUGGUUCAUUCUUGUUUUCUAGCUUCGGAUCAUUUUUGUACAAAGGCAAGCAAGCCUUUUUGAAAAAUAACAAAAGAAGAGGAAAAAAAAAUCCCUCCUGGAAAAAAAAAAAACCCUUGGAAAAUAGAAAAAAAAAAGGACCUCAUAAAGGAUGCAAUUACUUUUAAUUGCAGGCAACUCUUUACAUUUAAGUGAAGUGUCUUAACAUUUUAUAUUGUUUUAAAAAUAUAUUUACAUAUUAUAUAUAUAUAAUAUACGUAAUAUAAAUAUAUAUAAAUAUUUAAAAAAAGAAAAAAAAAGAAAACCACGGCACUCUCUCCCUGGCCACUGUUUUGGCGGGGGAGGGGGGCUGGAGGAUGGGCACAUAGGCCUGUGGUCCAGUGAAAUGGUUUGGUUUGAUUUGGCUGUACAGAGACCCCCUGACUGGGAAGGGAGGGGGGAGUGGCACCCCCUCCUCCCUCCACUCCAUUACUCUUUGCUUUUGCUACUUUUCGCUUGCCCCCACCUCCCACCCUCAGCCCAGUGAUCUGAAUGUGUGCCCCACCGUCUUUGUCCUGAGUUGAACGUCCCUUUGUAGGGGGAGGAGGAGGUGUCCAUCCGCGAGGGGCAGAUGCAGGGAGCCGUGGGCCCCACCCCACCCGCUCACCGAGAGCCCAGUGGGAUUUGCAUCUCUCUUUCCCUUUGGUUCCUGCACAUUUCCGGGCUGAGAGGCGUUUGCGUGGAGUUGUGCGCAGCCUGUGUGCGUGUGUGUGUGUGUGUGUGUGUGUGUACAGGUCCACUUACCCGUGUGUGGAGGGAAGCAUGUAUGUGCACAGCCGUGACCUUCCACGCGGGAGUGCAGGGAGGCAUGCGCGCUAGGCGCAUUCGCCCUGCUGGGGCAUCGGCACGCACCCCCCUGCAUGUCAGUCCAGAGGAGCUUCGCGCAUGAGAAGGCGUGUAGUGUGUGCAUGUGUGCAGACAUGUGUGGCUGCGAGAGACUUGUAUGUGUGCGGGCCACAUACGCGUGGACAUAGGGGUGUCCGUGGGGGUGCAUGUGACUGUGUGCGGGCGUGUGCGUGUGCACAGGCGUGGAGACCCAGGCGUGUGGGACUGCCUGCGUGUGUGUUCCAUCAUCCCUGCACCGCUCGCUUUGGCUCCCCUCCCAAGCCCCCAGCCUCUGGCCCUCUCCAAGCCCGCAGCACGUCGAUGCCCCCCCAGCUGCAUGCGCCUUGCUGCUCUGUCCAUCAGUGUGUGCUUGACCAAGAGAAAAUUAAGACGUCCGGGGGGAGCCCUGUACCUGGUUCCCCCGCCCCCGCCCGCUGUGCUGUGUUAUUCGCAUGGGGGGUUCCUCUCCUGCCCCUUCCACAAUAUGCUGUUUCCCGAGGAGCCUCCGGCCCGAGGCUCUGAGAGGGGGUCCAAUGGGCCCCCCCCCACCCGCUCCGGGCUGAGCCCUGGCUCCGCACCCCGCCCCACCCACCCCGUAGGGCCCGUGUUGGUGUAGCAGUGAUGGCUUCUGUGGAUAUUCUGUGACCUCUGUCAGUGUAACUUGACAAUUUCUAAAUGGAAAAGGGUUGCUGUGUUUUCUGUCUCUUUUUUAAUGUCCUUUUUCUUCUCCUCACUUCCCUGCUCUCUUUCCUUUCCGGUUUUUCUAGCCGAGUGUUUGGGGCUUAAAUAAAACUUGUUUCUUUUUCCUCUCCUGGA